UAAACUCAUAUACAGACAACUCCAACAAAGAUUCCUAUCAGUCUUAUCAGUAUACGGGUUUGUGGCGACGUGGAACCCGAAUAGGUGUCUCUUUUGGGGGAGAGAGCAUUUACACAAUAUUUUAGUUUCCGCAGAAGAGAACAAUAGGUGGCUCACUCUUUCUCUCGGAUUUUGCAUGCGAGAAAUCUCUAAUUUUCUUGUGAAUCUUCUAAGAAUAAAGUGUGUGUGCGUUUUUCUCACAGUACAACCGCAGUUGGGGAAAAAUGUGUGUUUGUGCAGCAGCUCUGUUGGAACCUUCAACUUGAAACGCGUCUCCUUCUCUCAGUUUAAACUACUUUUUUUAAACCUUUCUCUCCUCCUUUUUUCUUGGUCUUUCAAUUUCUCUCAGUGCGCCCGGAAAGAAGAUGGAUUUUGUUAUCAAUCUACUACAAGAUAAUUCGCAAAAAGUUGCAAUCGGAGCCGUUGGUCUCUUUGCGCUGUACUUGAUGUUUGGUUGGGCCGCCCAGUUGCUGUGCAAUGUUGUUGGUAUCAUCUACCCAGCCUACAUCUCCAUGAAGGCCAUCGAGUCGUCCACGAAGGUUGAUGACACAAAAUGGCUCACUUAUUGGGUCAUCUAUGCUGUUCUCUCCACUGCUGAAUUCUUCUCUGGCUUCCUCACCAACUUUAUUCCCUUCUACUGGCUCUUGAAGUGUAUCUUCCUUAUUUGGUGUAUGGCGCCCAUUGAGCAGAAUGGAUCUGUUUUCCUGUAUCACAGAUUUAUCAGGCCGUUCUUCCUCAAGCACACAGGAGAAGCCGAUGCAGCUAUCGAUAAGAUUGCAGAGAAGGCCAAAAAGAUGGCUGGAGACAUCAUCAAUAGCAAGAAAGAUUGAAAACUCAGCAACCACCGACUAAUUAUUGCAACAUGAAUGAAUUAUUCAUGAAGAAAAAAAUCUUUUAUCGAAAUAUCCAACACUAUGGUUGGAUUGUUAUUAAAAUUGAUACGUUACUCCCACGAAUUUUUUCCCAUCUUCCUGACCCCAAAUCCCUUCACCUCUCAAUGGCCAAUGCUUAAGCACAAAAAUAUUUUUGGGUAUAAAUAAUGAAUUUUUGUCAAAGAUUGUUGCCUUUUUGGUGCAUAUAAUACAUUGUUAUCAAAGUAUAUUAUGCCCGCGUGAGCCUUGCAGAUGAAUUAUACAAUUGUGUUUGAGCAGAUAAAGACAAAAAUAUUGAUGGUUUAAGAGACUCUAGAAAAUAAAAUUGAUAGAAAUUUA